AUGAAAGCCUUCUUGCGCUCGUGCAAAGACUCUCUCAAGAAUAACGAUUCCAUUCAUUCAGUGUGUAUUGGAAAUCAAGCAAGUGAUUUGGAUUCAAUCAUUUCAUCCAUUACAUAUUCGUAUGCUCUUUCGAAAAAGAACAAUGUGAAAACACUUCCUAUUUUAAACAUUCCACAAGAUGAAUAUAAUCUAAGAACUGAUGCCACAUGGUUUUUAGAAAAGUUUGGAGUUGGAGCCGAUGAUUUAAUUUUCUAUCAUCAAAAUCCAACUUUGACUAGAAUUCUCGAAAAAUUGACACAGGAAAAUACCUUACGUGUAAUUUUGACAGAUCACAACAAAUUAGCUCCAGAACAAGAGGAUUUUCUUGGAAAGUUUGUUUUUGAAAUUAUUGAUCAUCAUGCAGAUGAAAAACAUUAUUCAUCAACAGUAACACCUGAGAAUCGAACCAUUGAAUUGAUUGGUUCUACAUGCACUCUGAUUGCAGAGAAAAUGACCGAUGAAUUUUUGAACAAGGAACGGGAGUUUUGUGAAGCUCUUCUUGGCACCAUUUUACUAGAUACUGUGAACUUGGAUCCAAAAUUUAAAAAGGUUACUCCAAAAGAUGAAACACAAGCAAAUAGACUUGCUAAUAUCAUUUCCUUCUCCAAGAAGGAUCAAGAUGAAUUAUUUGAAAAACUCUUUUUUGAACGGUUUAAUGUAUCCAAGUUAAGCUCACAUGAUUUGUUGAGAAGUGACUAUAAGGAGUGGAAAAUGGGUUCGAAAAUUGUUGGCGUUGCCACUGCAAAGCGAUCACUCGAUGAAUGGUUUGAAAAAGAUCCCGAUCUUGUUCAAUCCUUUAAGGAGUUUUUGGAGAACAGAAAGCUUGACAUUCUCUACGUCAUGUGUGCCUACACCGACAAGGACAAUCAAUUCAAGAGAGAGCUUGCCGUUUACUCUCCUGAUGCGACGCAUCUCCAGAAAGCUUGUGAUUAUCUGGUUCAACAUUGCAAGGAUAGCCUCGAUUUGACUCCAUGGUUGCCUUCUUCGAGCAAACCUAUUGAUCACGCUCCCCUCGUUUCUUGCUCCUUUUUCACACAACAUCACAUGGCAUCUUCACGCAAAAUCUUUGCAGAAGUGAUUCGGACCAUGUACGACCAAAAUCUUCUUCGCUUGUAA